AUGGCCCGAAACUCAAUCAUCAGAGUUCUAUUCGUGUGGAUCACCACCAUUAUUUACUUAUUCGGUAGCAUCCUCGCCGAACCGGUUCAAUACUGCAAAUAUGGAUACAAGGGAAAGGAAGAAGAUGGCGAUGUGGACUUUUGCAUGGCCGUCUCCAUGCACGAGAACCGAUCUUCGAAUGCCUACGACAUGUACUUGUCUAUGACUGUCACGCGAGCAUCGGAUCUUGGGUGGACUGCGAUCGGGACUGGUUCCGUGAUGGCCGGAUCGUUAAUGACCAUCGUCUACGGCGAACCUCUUACCGGAGAGCCUCCAGUUGUUAGCAUAAGAACGGCAGCUGCACAUCAUCAGCCCAAACCAAUAACCCAAGAACAAGCCGGGGGGGCAGAUGUUCGGGUCCUUCAAGCAGAAUGGCGGGCUAUCAAUGAAGACGGCACGCUGACCACCCUAUCAUCCUCUUCAUAUGCGUAUGUCGCUGAAGUGAGUCUCGUCUGCUAUUCCUGUAAUCUGUGGCCGGCAAAAGGGAGCGGCAGCAGUAAAAUAUCUGCAACGGCAACGUCCCUCCCCUGGAUCUGGGCAUGGAACGAGGAUCAGGAGAUCUCUGCACUCUCCGACGAUGCCCAUCUCAACGGACACAGGCACCGUCGCGGAAACGGUGGUUGGGGUGAGUUCUAUGUCGACAUGGCACGGUCCCUUAGUACUGUUGAGAACCCUCCACCUGUCCCAUCAAUACAACCUGGGGUCCGCACUCUAGGAACCUCCGAUACACCCACAGACAGGAGUAAAAAGUCCACACUGUUUAGUAGAGGGACUAUACAUGGUUUUCUGAUGGGGAUGGCAUUUCUAGUUAUCUUCCCGCUGGGGGUGUUAGCAAUGCGCUCGCAAUCUAGCAAGUCAUUCAAAUACCACUGGAUCAUCCAGCUCAUCGCCUCCCUCUGCACUGGCGCAGGAGCCAUUAUCGGUAUCGUCAUGAGCCGAGGGUCAUUCAACUCCCCUCACCAGGUAGCCGGACUGCUGGUAUCAGGUAUACUUGGUCUCCAAGGUUUUCUCGGGUGGAGACACCAUGUACUUUUUCUCCGAGUCAGACACCGAACCUGGAUCUCGCAUGCCCACAUUUGGACCGGAAGACUUAUUAUGAUCGUGGGCUGGGCGAACUUCCUUAGUGGGAUGAUCUUUGUAGCGACAGGCCAGUUCUGGAUCAUCCUGGUGUCUGCGGUUAUUGUGGGAGAGAUUGUCGGCCUUACCUUCUGGGUUUGGACCUGUAAUAGGCGCAAGUCGCGCAAAUCCACUCUGGAGACGGCAGAACCGGAUGUUCCAUGGCGAGGCGAGCGCGACGGGGAAUAUUUCGCGGUAGGUGAAGAUGAGACGGAAAUGAACGAAAUGGGUGAGCAUGACAAGCAUGAGAGUAGUCCGUAUGACCCCAUGCUUCCCCGACAUGGUUCGCAUUAA